ACUUUUGAGACAUGUAAGAGCAGACAGCUGACUUCUUGGUUACCUUCAACCAACCGUGAGACAAUGGCUGGGAUUUGUCAGCAAAAAACGAAGCCACCAGCAGACAUGUUUGGAUGGGGUGAGACAGAGGACGCCAAUAAGGGAACUCAGGAACUUUGUGACAAGGUGAAAGAAGAAGUGCAAAGACAAACACGCGGAGACAAUGCGGAAUACAAAGCAGUGAAAUACAGGCAACUUCAGGGUAUCCUUGGAGCAGAACACUUCCUCAUCAAGGUUCAAGUUGGCGGCACUAGCUACAUUCAUCUGUAUGUCAUUCAAAUUGUGGCUCCCAACGCGUCGCCAACACUGAGAGGUAUGCAGCAGAACAGAACCAAAGACGACGCCCUCGAACCUUUUCCUAAACCUCCAGCCACAGCAGUGAAAGCCUCAUAGGCUAAUAUCUCAUAAUAAAAUGCUCUGCUUGUUCAUUCUGAAAUGAUUUGACUUUGACUUUGAAUGCAUUAAGACUCAGAGAGAAAGACAUUUGCUGUUGGGAAGCAGCAAAUUGAAUUCAUUACCUUCUAAAGGCAUAAUAAAGAUGAGAUCAUUAAAAAUCUA